ACUAAACAGUGUCUGCGAAUGAAAUUUCAAAGUAAGCCACAUGGCUGAGACAAGUGUUCCAGCUGCAUCGGCAGCUGAUGCUGGUGAUAUCUCAUCUAAUGUGGUCACUAUCAACAUACAAGGAGGAGGUCAUGUUACAUUUGCACUGUUUAACAACGUUGGUAAUAUGAAAGAAGUACGACAGUCUGUGAUGAACGGAGAAAUUGAAGCUGCGCUCUUAAAAACGUCCAUGAUUCAUGACCAGUUCCAAGUCCUCACAGCAGCACACAAGGCUCUUCAUCACAGACGUACUAAGAAGAUGAUUACCAAAAACAUCCAUUCUGAGAUACUGUAUUGCUUGUCUCCUUUGAAAGGGAUUUCUGACUCCUUCCGUAAGUUUGGUGUUGGUGACAAAGACAUUACAUUGUUCACAGCCAUCGUUGAUGAUGUCAACCACACUGUCCUGACACAGAUGAAGACAAAGAUCAAAGGGGACUUAGUCUCGGUCUCCUUGCUUCCUCAAUUCUCCGAUGAAACAGAAAUAAAGAAGAUGUACAAAGUUACGGCUGAUGAAUUAAACAUUGGUAACCUUGUCGAUGCUGUUGUCUGUAGAAUCGCUGUUAAAGAAAUCAUUGCAGUCUGACAAUUUGCUAAUGGUAACAGGGAACAACAUUGGACUUUUGAAUUUGCGUUUGUUAUUGUUCAUAUUACAUACAAUCAAAGCC